AUGCCGCCGGCGAACGCCCGGCGGUCCGAGACGUCCGGCGACGACAAGUCCGUGCCCGUCUUCCCGGACGUCGCGCGGGCCUUGACGGCCGUGGGCCUGGACAAGGCGAGCGCCGAGGACGCCUGGGCCGUGCUCGGGGCCAUCGUGGCGCUGGCCGACGGCGACGUCGGCGCGACGGAGGACGCCGCGUCCAAGGAGAAGGUCGCGGCCGUCGACGCGUCGGCGCAGUCGGCCGUCGGCCGCGCGGCCCAGUUGCUGGGCGUCGGCGCGGCCCAGGUCGGCGACAUGCUCGAGAAGCGCACCGUGCAGACGCGGGAGGAGGCCCUCACCGUGCGCCGGUCGCCCGAGGACGCCAUGACCGCGCGCGACGCCGCGUGCCGCUGGCUCUACGGCGCGCUGUUCGACGCUCUAGUGGCGCAGUGCAACACCGCGCUCCACGACGAGGGCUCGGGCGUGACGCGGGGGAACCGCUUCGUCGGCAUCCUCGACAUCUUCGGCUUCGAGACCCUGGAGGUCAACGGCCUCGAGACGCUGCUGAUCAACUACGCGAACGAAUCGCUGCAGCAGCUCUUCUGCGACGCGGUCUUCGCCGCGGAGCUGGACCUCUACGAGGCCGAG